AGUACGUCAGCGCAACACAUUUUGUAGAAUUCAGUUCACAGUUGAUGCUUCCUUCUUCGUUUGCUACACGCAAAUAAAAGCUUCGUUGCAGCACCUCGCUCGUUCCUCUACCGCGUUUCUUCAUUUUUCUAGCGUCUCCUUUCCACGUAUUCAUUGGCCAUUGAAAAACCGGAAGAAAAGAAGUAGUAAAAAAAAAAGAAUGCCGCCGGCGAACGUGAUUGACGUGAAGAGUGUGCGCGCCACUGCGGAUAGCAUGGAGGAAACCCUCAAGGGCCACCUGUUCCUGGGAGGUGCCAAACCCACAAAGGAGGAUGUGGAUCAGUUCUACGCGAUGUUUGGCGAGAACAACAUCGCAUUUUAUCGCUGGGUGCGCAACAUGGCCUCUUUCACAGAGACAGAGCGCAAGUCCUGGGGCCGUUCGGAGACCUAG